AUGGUUUCUUCUAAAAUCAUCUCUCACCAGCUAAGCAAUGGCCUCUACGUAUCGGGUCAACCCGAACAGCUCAAAGCCCGAUCGCCAACAAUGGCGGCGCGUGAAGUUCCGUACACCGGCGGCGACAUCAAGAAGUCUAGAGAACUUGGCAAAAUGUUCGACAUCUGCAAUUCCUCCGAUCAACUCACGCCUAUUAAGAAAACAUUACUGCCAUCAUCCUCUUUUCCCCAAAAAAUUGACAACGGAUACGGAUCCGGUUACGGAUCUCCAGGAGGAACCAAAUCUGCCAGGAACUCAGGUCCGCUAUUGUCACCAAUUCAGAAAACCGGUCUCAUCACGUCAAGUCCGUUGGGUACUUGCCGACCCGGUCAGUUCGAUUCAAAUGUCGGGUCAAGUAGCAAACCGGUUUACGGUUCAUCUGUGACGAACUUGGUUGAGGAGAUGAAGAUUGGGUUUAAGGUGUCUAAACUGGUAAUAUGUUUUUUAGUUGUAUUGAUGGUGAUGGGUUUGAUGGUUGGAGCUUUUUUAAUGGUGGUAUUUGAUGAACCCGUAUUUUUAACCGGGUUUGGGGGAAUUUUGGCUUUGGUUAUAAUGGCAUUGAUUUGGAAUUUCUGUUGGAAGAAGAAAGGUUUAUUAGGGUUCUUGAAAAAUUACCCAAAUUCUGAUUUGCGAGGCGCCAUUGAUGGACAAUAUGUGAAGAUUUCAGGGAUAGUGACAUGCGGCAAUAUUCCACUCGAAACAUCGUUUAGAAAGGUGUCGAGAUGCGUAUACAUUUCGACAGAAUUAAAAGAGUACAAAGGAAAGGAUGGGAAGUCAGCAAACCCUAAGCACAAAUCCUUCUCGUGGGGAUGUAGAUAUGUUGAGAGAUACGUGACUGAUUUCUAUGUAUCCGAUUUCCAAACCGGGUUAAGAGCUUUAGUAAAAGCUGGUUCUGGUGCUAAGGUUGUUGUACUUGUUGAAGACAAAUGGGUGUUUGAUGCGAAUAAGGAAGAAAAUCGAGAAUUAUCGCCAAGUUUUCUAUGUUGGCUCGCGGAUCGCAACCUUUCAAGUGAUGAUCGGGUGAUGCGCCUCGAAGAAGGGUACAUUAACGAAGGGAGCACCGUUAGUGUAAUGGGUGUGAUCAGACGCCAAGGAAAUGUUAUCAUGAUUGUCCCCUCGAUUGAGCCAUUGUCAACUGGUUGUCAAUGGACCCGAUGUCUUCUUCCAACCUAUACCAAAGGAAUGGUCUUGAUGUGUCAUGAAAACCAUACCAACAAUGUGAUUUCAGUGUAG